AUGGCUUACCACUUGUUCAAAAAACUACAAAAGGUUAGCAGCAAAGAGAAUAAACAAAAGAAUGAAAAGAAAAAUGAUGACAUUGAUGAAUGGAUUAAAUAUUUGAAUGAGAAUUCUAAAAAAGAAAUAUUAUUGGAGGAUGAUAAUAAUAUUAGUAAGGAUGAUAAAAAUAGUAGUUAUAUAAAUGAAUAUGUAAAUUAUUUAAAUAAAAUUUUAAAGCAUACAGAAUGUAUAAAAAAUAAAAAAGAUAUCGAAGAGAAUGAUAAUAAAUAUAAUAAAGAUGAUAUAAACAAUAUUAAUAAUGAAAAUGAACACACUAAUAUAUAUAUGGAUGAUAAUAUUAAUAAAGAUUGUAAUUAUAAUAGAAAUAAUAAAUCCAUAUAUAUUAAAAAAUUUUGUAACAUAUUAAAUAUUAUUGAUAUAUAUAACAAUUUUAAAAAUGAUGAAAAUAAAUGUGAUAUAUGUAAUAAAUAUAAUGUGUUCGAUAUAUUUGAAGAUAUAUUUUUGAACUGUUUAGAGAUAUUAAAUAAAUUUUUAUCUUUAAAUAAAGAUAUGUUUUUAAAAAAAAAUAUAAAAAUAGAUUGUAAUGAAUUAAAAGAAUACAUAAAUAAUAUUAAUAUAUUACUUAAAGAAACAAAUAAUGGAGAAUUAUUUUUUUCACUUUUUUCUUUACAAACUGAUAAUUCUAGUUUUAUAUUUUUAAUAUAUGAAAUAAUAUUAAUUCUUCAAAAAAUAUAUAUAUAUGAUAAUAUUAAUUUUUAUUUAUAUUUACAUAAUAAUAUUAUAUAUUCAAAUAAAGUUAAUUCUUCUUAUUAUUAUAAUAUCUAUUCAUUGAAGUGCUUACAAAUAUUGUAUCAUGAGUAUUAUAAAGAUAAGACACAAGUUUAUGAAGAAGACUCUAAUAUAUAUGCUACCAAAUUAUAUGAUCAAUAUUUAAUGUUAUUAAAUAAUAUAAGGAAAAAUAAAAUAAUGUAUCUUGAAUAUAUAUCAAUAUUUUUCAAUGAGAAUCCUAAUAUGAAUGAUAAUAUAAAAAAUAAAAUAUAUAUGUCACCUCAACAACAAUAUGUAUAUAAAAAUAGAACAAAAAAUUAUUAUUUCAAUGAAAAUAAUAAUGAUUUCUUUUCUAUACCAGCAAAUAAAUCCUUUAGUUCUAAGCUAUUUAUAUCUCAUCAAAAUAAGGAACUUGAAAGAAUAUUGAGAAAAUUGAAUAAUAUAAAAAAAUGGAACAAUAAAAUAUUGAUGUAUAAUAAUUUCUUGUAUGAUUUAUCACCACAUGAUGAUUUAAAUAUUGAUUCGGUUGACAAUAAAAAAUAUGCAGAUCAUAAAAAAUUACAAGAUAAUAUAGAUAAAAGAAAAGAAAUUCAUAACACUAAAACUAUGAGUAAUAAUAAUAGUGACCAUAAUGAUGAUUAUAUUGAAUCAUUAGAUAAAUGUAAUUACAAAAUGAAUAAUUCUAAUAUAUAUGAACAUGAAAAAUGUACAUCAAAUAUGGAUAUAAAACAUGACAAAGAAAAUAAAAAUAAAUGUAAAAAUAAAAGUAAAAAUAAAAGUAAAAAUAAUAAUGAUAAAUUAUAUUAUUCAUCUUAUAGUAAUAGUGAACAUAAUAAAAAUGAUACAUCUACAAAUUAUUUUAGUAGUGAUAUAACAAAUUCAUUUCUUUCAAUAGAUGAGGAAUAUUAUUAUAAUGAAGAAAAUACAAUAAAAAUGAUAAAGGAGAAAAAAAAAAAAAAAGAAAAUUUGAAAUAUAUAGAACAAGACAAUUUAUUUCUAUUAAUGAUAAGAAAAAAUAAAAUAGAUAAUAUUAGAAAUAAUAUACAUAAACUUGUAUUAAAUAAAAACAAUUUUAUAGACAAAUUAUUGUCGAUAAUAAAUUCUAAUCAGGAUGCUUAUCUUAUCAAUGAAAUAUUGUUAUUAUUUUUAUUAUUUUCACAGAAUUGUAUUGAAAUUAAAAAUAUAAUAACAUAUGGAAGAAUCAUAGAAACUGUGAUGAAAAUGAUCAGAGAAGAACACACUUCUUUGUUUGAAAAAUGUAAUCAUUUCUAUUUUUUAAUAGAUGAUAUAAAUCUAAAGAUGUAUAAGGAUAAAAGAAAAAUUUUUAAUUCAACAGGUCAUGAAAACAAUAUGACACAAUAUCAAAAUGGAAUGGAUAUACAAAAUAUUCAAAAUAUAAAUAAUAACAGUAGUAAUUAUUAUUUUAAAAAGGAUGUGUUAAACAAUUUGGAGGUGCAAAAUAAAAAUAAAAAUAAUAUUAAUAUUCUUAAUACAUGUUCCAAUGAAUAUGAGGAAAGAUUAAAUGAUAAUAAACAAAUUGAUGAAGAAAAACAACAAAAGAAAAAAAAAGAAGACAUAUAUAAUAAUAUACAUAAUUAUAAUGAUAUAUAUAAUAAUAAUAAUAUAUGUGAUAAUAAUACAUAUUAUAAUAAUAUUAUAAAUACCUUUCUUGAAGAAGCACAAAAUGAAAAUAAAAAAGACAAAGAGAUGGAAUUAUAUCUAGAUAAUAUUUCAAUAAAUAUAGAUAUAAAAACUAGUUUGUUACUUUUAAAAGAUUUAAUUAUUGAUAGUGAGUUUGGUUUAAAAUAUAUUUAUGAAUUAAAUAUGUUAGAAGAUUUUAUACUUAUCAAUAUUAAUUUAUAUAAUAUAAUUUUAUAUAUAUAUAAAAAUGAUAUGUAUAAAUAUUAUCAUAAUACAUUAUAUUUUAUUAAUAUAUUCUUAGAAAUAUUAUAUAACCUAUGUAAUUAUGAUCAUAAAAAUAAAGAACAAAUAGGUUUAAAAAAAUUAUUACCAAUAAUAAAGAAUCUACAAUUUUGUGAACACUCUUUUUUUUUCCUCUUUAAAUUUGUAUAUAUAUAUAUGUAUAAAAUAAACCAGAAUAUAAAUAUAUUUUAUUCAUCUGAAAAGAUAAAAGAUUAUCAAAAUGAAAAAGGAAAAGUAAAUGAAGAUAAUUAUUCCGCAUCAAAAUAUGAUGAUAAUAAAAAUAAUGAUGAUAACAACAAUAGUGAUGAUAAUAAAUAUAUUAAUAAUAAUUAUAUUGAUGAUAAAUAUCUUCAUAAUAGUGAUCAUAAAUUAUUCCUGCUUUGUUAUAAUAAUCACUUAUCAAGUUUCAGUGGACUAGAUGAAAACGAGAAAGUAUUAAAUAUUUUUAUAAACCAACAUUUUAUACAUUUUUUUAAUAUUUUAUGUAGAUUUUUAUAUUAUAAUGAAGAGUGGUGUAUUCAUUUUUUAUUUAAUAAUUAUAAUAAAGGUUCCAAAAAAAGUAUUGAUAUACAUAGUGAAGAAAAUAUUUUUAUUGAGGCUAGUUUUAAAAUUCAAAAUUAUUUUUUUCUAGAGGAUAUAUUAACUUAUUAUCUAAAGAAUUUAAAAGAAGUAAAAUAUAUAGACAUGUUAUUGAUCUUAUUAUUUUAUUGUAAAAAUCAUGUUAUUCAAAAAAAUAUUUAUGAAUUUUUUAUUUGUUUAUGUGAAAGAUAUACCAUUCUAUCGAAUUAUCUAAAUACACUAUUUUUUGUGGAUCAAACUAUAUUCUUUUAUUUUAUUAAUUAUAUUAUGAACAGUGUAAGAACAUCUUUUCUAAGGAUUAAAGAUAAAAUGAUUCUAAAGGAAAAAAAAAAAAAAAAUAAUAUUUUAAAAAAAAAUGAUAAUGAAGAUAUUACAAAUAAAGCUAGAUCUAAUGAAUCAAAUAUUGUUCUAAAUCAACAUAAUAAUAAUAAUAAUAAUUUAUGUGAUGAUAAUAUAGGCUUGGGUUUUUUUGUGAAUUAUAUGGAGGAGCUUGAGUUUAUAAUAAAAAUUUUAAACAUAAUAAACGUGUAUAUAAAUGAUAAAGAUGAAAAGAAUGAAAUUAUAGCUGAUAAUGAUAAUAUAACAAAGAUAGAUUUAAAUUUUGAAGAAAUAAUUUAUUAUAAUAGUAUGUAUAUUAAUACUUUGAAAGGAAAAGAUAUAUAUAAUUAUUUAAAAAAAUUAAAUAAUAACUUAAUUAGAAAUAUUUUAAUAUUAAGAAUAAAUAAUAUUUUAUAUAAAUAUAAUAAUCACACUAUUGAUGAUGAAUAUAUAUAUGGAACAUUAAAAUAUUUAUUAUAUUUCUUAUCUAACAAAUUAGAAUGUAAAAAAAAAAUAAAAUGUCUUAUAUGUGUAUAUAUUAGUAUACUUAUUAUAUAUUAUUUAAGAAGUGAAAAAAUAAAAACUAUGUUAAUACAACAUAUUAUACAAAAUAAUUUAUUUAAUGUUUUAUAUAAUUUAUUGAAUUAUUAUUGUACAUAUAAAUUUAAAAAAAAAUAUUUCUUCCUUUCUUCCUUUGAUAAGAAUAAUGAUUUACAUAUAAAUAUUAAAAAUGUUUUAAAUAUAAAAAGAAAUAAAUAUUUCUUUUAUUAUUCAAAUGAAAAGGCACUUUAUUUUAUACAUUAUAUAUAUACAAAUUUUAUACAUCACUCUUUUUUGACUAACGUCUUUGAACAAAGAGGAACCUUUUUUUUAAAUAACAAGGAAUUAAAUUAUAAAUCGGAUUGUUUAAAAGAUAUUCAGCAAACAAACAAGAAAAAAAAAAAAAAAAGUAAAAGUAAAAGUAAAAAGAAAAAGAAAAAAAAUAAGUAUCCUUCAAAUUAUAAUGAUAAAAACUGUGAUUCCAUAUAUAACACCCAUUUUUAUAAUAAUAAUGAUAUAUAUAAUUUUGAUGAACAAAAAUCAUUUUAUGAUACUAACUUUAAAGGGACCUCUAAUUUGAUGUGUGCACAAAAUAAAGAUAGAACAAAUGAUACAUAUUCUAAUUUAUAUUCUGUUCCUUCAAAAAAGAACGAAAAAAGCAAGAAAAAUAAAUUAAUAAAACAUAUUAAUAAUGAUAUAUCGGAUUUAAGAAAAAAACUAGACAAUCAAGAAAUAGAACAUAUACAAGAAAAAGUUUAUUUAAAUAAAAUCAUCGAAAAAAAAAAUGAUAUCAUAAACAAUAUUUUAUAUACAUACCUAUUAUUAAAAGAGAAAAAUGAAAAAACAGAGGAAGAAAAUAUAAAGUUGAAAAAUAAAUUAUUAUUAAAAGAAAAAGAAAAUGAUAUUAUAUUAAACCAAAAUGUAGAUACUAUUAAAAAUGAUUAUAUUAUUUUAUUAAAUAAUAUGGAAGAAACUAAAAAUGAAAAUGAAAAAAUGAAUACUCAAUUAGAUAAGUAUACUGAUUUGUUAAUAUAUUUAUAUGAUAAUAUUAAAGAAUGCAGAGCAUAUAUGCAAAAUAUUGAAAAUAUUACUUUCUUUAAAAAUAAAAAUGAAAAGCAUAAUCAAGAAAAAUAUUUUAAUAUACAAGAAAAAAAUGAUCAGCCAAUAGAAAUAUCAAUUCAACACGAUCAUAAAGAUGGAAUAAAUAAUGAUACUCACGUGUUCAAUCAGAUGGAUAAAAUAAGUGUAAAUGAUAGAAGUACCAAUAUAGUAAAUAAAAUAUAUGAUAAUAUAAAUAAUGCAAAUGACAUGAAUGAAAAUAAAUAUAAUAUGGAUGAAAUUUAUGGUAAUAAUAAAACUUACAAUUAUAUUUAUAGUGAAAAAAGGGAACAAUUGGAUAAUUUAAUGUUAAAUCAAAUAAAUAAAAAUGAAGUAUAUCAAACAAGUAACCAAAUAUAUGAUCAGUCAUAUAAUCAUACAAAUGAUCAUUCAUAUAAUCAAUUGAAUGUGCAAUCACACAGUGAGUUAAAUGGACAAUCAUAUAACCAACAAUAUAAUGAAAUAUAUAGACAACCUUAUGAUACUUCAAAUUAUCAAGCAUAUAAUCAAAUAUAUGGGCAAUAUUAUGAUAAUACAAAUUACCAAACAUAUAAUCAAACAGAUGACAAUACGAAUAAUCCAAAGUAA